GGAUCCCCAAGAAGAAAUACCCUCUACUUUGUAACCAGAAUGAACUCUUAGCAGCAUCUCUCCUCCAAGCUACCCCCGUGCCAGGGACCAUUCUCCAGCGUCCAGCCAAUAUAGAUAUGCUAUAAAUUACCCGGUAACCAUGGCUACUCCGCGCUGAUUGGCAGAUUGCUUGGCGACGUUGCUGGGGACGUCACGAAAUCUGAAUAAGGAUGCGCGAAUUGCCAAGCUUGGCACUCAGAGCCGAUUAUGGGGCACAGAGGUGGAACGGGAGAAAGUGACAUCUAGGAUUGUGGAGUAGGACACCCUCCCUAGCAGAUUGGUUUGGGGAUCACUGCCGGAACGUUGGAGCAUGUGGGAAUAAAUGACAAUAUUGGCCACCUGUCAUCUGAGCUAUCCACAGAGUCAGUAUUGGUGAAAACAGGCGCCCCCCUAGGACUGUGCCAGGGACACUUGCGUACAAGGCCCGCUGGGACUGAACUUAUAUUUGGGUCUUUGGUUGGGGAGUCUAUGAGGAUUUCACUGGAGUUGGCUUCUGCUGCAGCUGUUUCUUCCAACCAUGAUGGCCCAUUGCGCUGGGUGUGAGAGGCCCAUCCUGGACCGAUUUCUUCUUAAUGUCCUGGACAGAGCCUGGCAUGUCAAAUGUGUGCAGUGCUGUGAGUGCAAGUGCAACCUGACCGAAAAGUGCUUCUCCAGGGAGGGCAAGCUCUACUGCAAAACUGACUUCUUCAGGAGAUUUGGCACCAAAUGUGCAGGAUGCUCCCUUGGGAUCUCUCCAAGUGACUUGGUCAGGAAAGCGAGGAAUAAGGUGUUUCACCUGAACUGUUUCACCUGCAUGGUGUGCAAUAAGCAGCUCUCAACAGGCGAGGAACUCUACAUCAUAGAUGAAAACAAAUUUGUCUGCAAAGAGGAUUAUAUCAGUGCCAGCAGUCUGAAGGAAAGCAGCCUCAACUCAGUGUCUUCUUGCACAGACAGAAGUUUGUCUCCAGAUAUCCAAGACCCUAUACAGGAUGAGAGCAAAGAGACAGACCACUCCACAUCUUCGGACAAAGAGACAGCUAACAAUGAGAAUGAGGAACAGAACUCUGGUACUAAAAGAAGGGGACCCCGGACAACUAUUAAGGCCAAGCAACUGGAGACCCUUAAGGCUGCUUUUAUUGCCACCCCUAAGCCCACCAGACAUAUUCGGGAACAGCUAGCUCAGGAAACAGGGCUUAACAUGCGGGUGAUUCAGGUUUGGUUCCAAAACCGAAGAUCCAAGGAAAGGAGAAUGAAGCAGCUCAGCGCUUUGGGGGCCAGGAGGCAUGCUUUUUUCAGGAGUCCAAGGCGUAUGCGACCCCUGGGAGGAAGGCUGGAUGAGUCAGAAAUCCUGAGCUCUGGGCCUUACAGUUACUAUGGAGAUUAUCAAGGAGAUUAUUAUGGAAGUGGAAAUUAUGACUUUUUUCCUCAUGGACCACCAUCUUCCCAGACACAGUCCCCAGCAGACUCUAGCUAUCUACAGAAUUCUGGACCUGGUUCAACCCCUUUAGGUCCUUUAGAAUCUCAGCUUUCUGGACACCACCCUUCAGAAAACCAAAGAUAUGUGGACAUGAUUUCCCAUCCUGACACUCCCAGUCCUGAGCCGGGUAUGACUGGCCCCCUCCAUCCUAUUUCUGGUGAAGUCUUCACUGGUGGUCCUAGUCCUCCCUUUUCUAUGUCUAACAAUAGUGGCUUUAGUGGUCCUCUGCCCCAUCAGAACCUUGACAUUAAUGAAGCCACUGUAUGGUAAUAAAAGACACUUGUUGACUUGUUGAAAUGAUCUCUUUAGUUGACCAGAAGUCAUUCUGUCUCUUUCCUUCUACUCUUCACUCAACAAUUGGGUGCUUGUACGCCUGAUUCCAACAGACAGGCCCAACCAACCUUGGAAAUGAUUCAGUUCCGUGGUACAUUUUCUCCUUGCUGAGCGAUGGCUGAAUCAACGUAGGAGUGGGCAAUCUGGGGUGAUUAAAAACCAAAACCAAGAACGACACUAAACCAAAAGCCAUUUGUAUGACAGCAGAAGAGAAACUGCAAUCUGUACAAGCUCUCCUUGUCCUGUAGCACCGGAGCCACAAGUCCAGUUAUCGGAAAGAGGGAAGAUAAAUGGGACCAACAUGGCACCAAAACCAAAACACACCUUCAUGACUAUUUAUUAUGAAGCUGCCUCCCUACCCAGCUUGAGAACCAGGAGAAAGCCUAAAACAACAAACUCUACAUGGUACCACGUAUAACAUUUUCUGGACCAGAAACCCAAAAGGAGGCGUUUCACUAGAACAAUCGAGUUCAAAUAUUUUGUAUUUAUUUCACAUUGAACAUGUAUUUUUAAGAAUGAUAAUAAAAAAUGGUUACAGGGGUUUUGUGUCUAAGCUCAAGACAAUGUUAAAAUUAACAGGGAAGCAUUCAUUUCAGAAAUGUCCUUAACGCUGCCUGCCACCCCAUUAAAACCUAUUUUGUAUUUACACGUAAGCCAUUUCUAAGUCAUUGAUUUAGUUACUGUCUUCUCUAAGUUUUGUUCUUUUGGAAGCAUUUCACAUAAUGAUCAUACUACAAAAGAUAAUUUCUGUUUAUUGUGUGUUUAGGUGGAACUGUUAUUCUUUCCAUACUGGGUGCUUUCCUAUGUCUAAGAAAAUACGGGACCAGCUGAAACGAUUGAAUUUUCUGUCUACUGAGCUUACGUCAAGUUUUUUUUGUAUUGAUUAAAUCCUUAGCUGUCAUUAACACUGACUUCCUAAAUCAAGUUCUCUGGUUCAGUUGAUACAUUACCUCAAUGAUAGAUAUAAAGCUGCAGUACUGUUGUAGGGUGCCAUCUAGUGAUCUCUUUCACCAGUGUAACUCUUCCUGUCAAUGGCUUAAUGGAAUCCCAAUGAACCUGAUCAAAAUGUGAAAAUCUAUAGUCUCUCUUUAACAAAAAAAAAAAAAUCAGGAUAAAUAAGUGGAAGAAGAGAUGAUAGGACAAGACUCCCAUUUGCUGUAUUAUAGUUUUAAGAGGCUUUGAAGCUUCACAUUUGCUUAUUUUGUAUAAAGAAACAUGAAAAAUGAAUAAAGUAAGUUUGUGUUCCUGAUUAUUUAUUGUA